UUCUCUUAAUGCUCCCAUCAAUAAAAGAGAGCAAGCAAUGAGUGCUGGUGAAGAUGCAAAGAAUGACUUGUUGGGUUUACUUCUGGAAUCCAAUUUUAGAGAAAUACAAGAGCAUGGAAAUACCAAGAGCGUCGGAAUGAGCAUUGAAGAUGUGAUUGACGAAUGUAAAAUAUUCUACGUUGCUGGACAAGAAACAACCUCAGUUCUUCUUACCUGGACCAUGGUUUUAUUGGCUCAGUAUCCGAAUUGGCAAGCACGCGCAAGAGAAGAGGUUGUGCAAGUCUUUGGUAACAAAACACCAGAUUUCGAUGGGCUAAAUCACCUUAAAGUUGUUACCAUGAUUUUGUAUGAAGUUCUUAGGUUAUACCCGCCGGUAAUUAUGCUUAAUCGAGAUGUUCAUGAAGAAAUAAAGCUUGGAAAUUUGCUAUUACCUGCCGGAAUGCAGAUCUCGUUGCCAACAAUCCUCCUUCACCAAGAUCAUGAACUAUGGGGUGAUGAUGCCUCUGAGUUCAAACCAGAGAGGUUUGCUGAAGGUGUUUCAAAGGCAACAAAGAGUCAGGUCUCAUUCCUUCCAUUUGGAUGGGGUCCUCGAAUAUGCGUUGGACAAAACUUUGCUUUGAUUGAAGCAAAAAUGGCUUUGGCAAUGGUUUUACAGCGCUACUCUUUUGAGCUCUCUCCGUCGUAUAUUCAUGCUCCUCGCACAGUCAUAACUCUUCAGCCACAGCACGGUGCUCCAAUGAUAUUACGUAAACUCUAAAAUGUUUAUAUGUGACGGGUAAGAGUUAUCCCAGGGUAUAAAGGAGGCUGGAUCUCCCAAUAAACCAAACCAAAAAGAUUAUUUGGGGUGUUUUUUUUUUUUUUCAUAGUGAAAGGACUUUUUCAUUUCUAA